AUGGACUGGUGGAAGCAGCCCAGACCUCUGAAUCUGUUGGAUCAGAAGGUUUGCAUCACAAGCUUGUUUGCCGUGCUCUGUCAGAUUUUGACUGGACAGCGUGCUGCCCCAGUUACACAUAGCUUGUUUGCCGUGCUCUGUCAGAUUUUGACUGGACAGCGUGCUGCCCCAGUUACACAUAGCUUGUUUGCCGUGCUCUGUCAGAUUUUGACUGGACAGCGUGCUGCCCCAGUUACACAUAGCUUGUUUGCCGUGCUCUGUCAGAUUUUGACUGGACAGCGUGCUGCCCCAGUUACACAUAGCUUGUUUGCCGUGCUCUGUCAGAUUUUGACUGGACAGCGUGCUGCCCCAGUUACACAUAGCUUGUUUGCCGUGCUCUGUCAGAUUUUGACUGGACAGCGUGCUGCCCCAGUUACACAUAGCUUGUUUGCCGUGCUCUGUCAGAUUUUGACUGGACAGCGUGCUGCCCCAGUUACACAUAGCUUGUUUGCCGUGCUCUGUCAGAUUUUGACUGGACAGCGUGCUGCCCCAGUUACACAUAGCUUGUUUGCCGUGCUCUGUCAGAUUUUGACUGGACAGCGUGCUGCCCCAGUUACACAUAGCUUGUUUGCCGUGCUCUGUCAGAUUUUGACUGGACAGCGUGCUGCCCCAGUUACACAUAGCUUGUUUGCCGUGCUCUGUCAGAUUUUGACUGGACAGCGUGCUGCCCCAGUUACACAUAGCUUGUUUGCCGUGCUCUGUCAGAUUUUGACUGGACAGCGUGCUGCCCCAGUUACACAUAGGAGGAGAGUCUCGAGUUGCGCCCGUGCUGCUACAACUGGCAUUGUUUUGUGCUUUGUCUGGCUGCGUAGUGGUCCGUCGUGUCCAUGGAGAUACGACGUCUUCUUCCUGCGUUCGUCUCUCGAUGGACACGUAGGUGGUCUCCAUGUGUGGGCUCUUGUGCAUAGGGCUGCCAUGUACUCUAGUGUACGGGUGCCAGUGUCUUUGUCAAGCAGAGCUUUGUCCGGAUCUAUGCCCAAGAGUGGGAUGGCUGGGUCUUGUGGAGCUCUACACUUGGAUUUCAGAGGGACCUCAAUACAGUUGUGCAUGGUGGUCGGACCCAGUGACAGCCCCACCACCAGGGAAGGAGGAUUCCCUUUUCUGCACACCCUCUCCAGCCUGUGUGGUUGUGUUCUGUCUAAAGUGUUUCCUUUUCGGGCCACACCUGUGGCCUAUGGCGGUUGCCCGGCUAGGUGUGGAUAUGGAGCUGUCCUUGCCAGGCUAUGCCCCAGCCAGAGCAAUCUUGUUUGCCGUGCCCUCUCAGAUUUGAGGGGACAGCGUGCUGCCCCAGUUACACAUAGCUUGUUUGCCGUGCUCUGUCAGAUUUUGACUGGACAGCGUGCUGCCCCAGUUACACAUAGGAGGAGAGUCUCGAGUUGCGCCCGUGCUGCUACAACUGGCAUUGUUUUGUGCUUUGUCUGGCUGCGUAGUGGUCCGUCGUGUCCAUGGAGAUACGACAUCUUCUUCCUGCGUUCGUCUCUCGAUGGACACGUAGGUGGUCUCCAUGUGUGGGCUCUUGUGCAUAGGGCUGCCAUGAACUCUAGUGUACGGGUGCCUGUGUCUUUCUCAAGCCGAGCUUUGUCCGGAUACAUGCCCAAGAGUGAGUGGGAUAGCUGUGUGCUGUUUGAGCUCUACAUUGGUUUUCUGAGGGACCUCCAUAGCGUUUUGCAUGGUGGUCGGACCCAGUUACAGCCCCACCACCAGGGAAGGAGGUUUCCCUCUUCUGCACACCCUCUCCAGCCUGUGUGGUUGUUUGACUUGUUAAUGGGGACCCUUCUGACCUGUGUCAGGUAGUGCCCCAUCAUGAGUGUGCGACCUCCUGUCGAUUUAGAGUCCUUUUUUGUUGUUGUUGUUCUUCUUCUCAUUCUCAUUAUGUUCUUCUCAGUCUUUGGUCUCCAGGUCUUAUUUCUAAAGUGUUUCCU